UUCAUGUCAUUUCCUGCUAGUGAUCAAGUCAUGCCACGUAGAAGAGAUGUCAGCAGCAGCUGUUGCCUCCCACUUCACCUGAAUGAAGACAAUGCCCGUUUUGGCUUGUUGGCGGCCCUCAUCCUCCUCUACCUGCUGUGUGGGGCGGUGGUGUUCUCUGCACUCGAGCAUCCCUCUGAGCUGCAGGCUCACCGGCACUGGGACCAACAGCUGGCCAACUUCACCGAGCAAAACAGUAUAAACCUGAAAUCCCUACAUGUCCUGCUAAAGCAAUAUGAGGAGGCCUUUGCGGCUGGGAUCCGUGUGGACAAACUUAGGCCCCGCUGGGAUUUCUCAGGGGCCUUCUACUUUGUUGCUACAGUGGUCUCCACAAUUGGCUUUGGCAUGACCACUCCUGUCACCGUUGCAGGUAAGAUCUUUUUGAUAUUCUACGGACUCCUUGGCUGCGCAGCAACAAUCCUCUUCUUCAACCUUUUCCUGGAGCGCAUCAUCACGAUGUUGGCCUACAUCAUGCGCUGGUGUCACGAGCGCCAACUGCGCCGCUCCGGCGUGGGAGGAGAGGAGGCCAGGAGCGAGGACGACAGUCUGGAGGGCUGGAAACCAUCGGUCUACUACGUAAUGCUCAUUCUGGGCAUCGCCGCCCUGCUGAUCGCAUGCAGUGCGUCUGCGUUGUACUCUGCCAUGGAGGACUGGGACUACUUUGAGUCCUUGUACUUCUGCUUUGUGGCCUUCAGCACCAUUGGCUUCGGGGAUGUGGUGAGCAGCCAACGGGAGAGCUAUAAAGCUCAAGAAGCCUACCGUCUCGGCAACUGCCUCUUCAUCCUCAUGGGUGUGUGUUGCAUUUACUCCCUGUUCAAUGUCAUUUCCAUCAUUAUCAAGCAGACGCUCAACUGGAUCCUCGGCAAACUGGACUGCAGCAAGGCUCAGUCAGGCCUGUUGGCUCAAAAGCGCAACGCCGUGCACCCUGCCCCGGCUAACGAAGCACCAGGAAAGCGCUUCACUAAUGCAUCAGUGGAAACAGUUUGUGAUAGUGAGACUGAUGCUGGCUUAGGACCAGAUGGAGGUUAUCUGACAGGGCGCAGACUGUCUGGAGAAAUGAUCUCAGUCAAUGACUUUAUGGCCAACAAGGUUUCUCUGGCCAUUCUACAGAAGCAACUCUCAGAGACCGCUCACGGUAAUCCAAGACAGAGCCACGUUCGCCAGAAUGGCUUCUCCGGUGGUGUGGGCGCCUUUGCUAUCAUGAAUAACCGCCUUCAGGAGACAAGUGUCGACAGGUAGCUUGAUUAUACAAAGAUGGCAUUG